AUGGAUUUCCUGCCCCAUUUAGAUCAGCCGGCAGGUUUAGAUUAUGACUAUGAAGUGGAGAAGCUUAUGCAAGAUCAUUUGAGGGAUGAGAAUGAUCUAUUGCAUCCUGAAGUGCAAAAGCUGUUAUCUAAGGUUUCUAUCCCACCGAGAUUAGAAUCAUUCUACGAAUUCUAUAGCCGGUACGAUGAUGAUCAAGGUUGGAAACGUAAGAGAAACGAGACUGAGGAUGUUACUUUGGAUGAGUGUAGGAAAAGACACAAGGGAAUUGAUCUGGGUAAAUAUGACGUUAAUACCGAUGAUUUGGAAUCGCUGGAAGUCAUUGAUUCGUAUUUAAAGCAUCAAUGUCUAGUGCUUCAGAAUAUGAACGAAACCAUGUUGAACCAAUGGGCUAUCAAUAACGAUUACGUGGAAAGGGCGAGUGAAAACCUGCAGGACAGGAUAAGUCAUGAAAGAAAACAACUGGAAAGCUUAGAUAAGUACAGGGAAUCCAUACAACACAAGCAUGGACCUCAACUGAAAUCUAUCAAGGAUUCUUGGAGACAACAGUUAAUAAGAAAUGUAGAAUGA